CGGCGGUGCUGGCGGAGUGUCAGGGGCAGUGGCAGGCGCAGCUGCGCGGAUGGAGCAAGGGGGGGGACUGCGCGCAGGUGGAGGGCGUGCGCUGCAAUGCGGCUGGCUUCAUCGUCUCACUGAAGGUGACUGGCAAGCAAUUGGAGGGACCCAUUCCAGAUGCCAUUGGGAACCUCACCGCACUCACUCAACUGUACCUCUCAAGCACCAAGCUCACCGGCUCCCUUCCACCCACCAUGUCUCGCCUCACCCGCUUACAAGAAAUAACUCUCAGUUUCAACACUUUGUCAGGCUCCAUCCCAGAAGGCAUUGCUGACCUGGCUGCCCUCUCACUCCUAUCUCUUCACAAGAACAAAAUUACCGGCGCAAUGCCGUCAUCCAUCGUCCGCCUCACCAAUCUCACCUUGUUGAAUGUUGGAACCAACAGGCUAGUGGGCACAAUUCCUUCGGCCAUAUUCCAGCUUACCAAGCUUGCCUUCUUGGACCUUCGAUGGAAUUGGUUCUCUGGCUCCAUCCCAGCAGCAAUUUCUCGCCUCUCUCUCCUCUCCUACCUGUCUCUUGGCGGUAACAUGCUCACUGGCGCAAUCCCUUCAUCGAUCUUCCAUCUCACCAAUCUUGCCUUGUUGGAUUUCCGUUGGAAUCAACUGUCAGGCUCCAUUCCCGCAGCCAUCUCUCAUCUGGCUGCCCUCUCACACCUAGACCUCAGCUUCAACAUCAAAUUCACGGGCUCCAUUCCCCUCCAGAUGCAGCGCCUUACCAAGCUGCAAUCUCUAUACCUCAGCUAUAUGAAUCUGUCAGGUCCCUUCCCAUCCUGGAUAUCUGGUCGCACCAAUCUCAGAAAAUUAGAGGCUGCUCACAACAGAAUCGUUGGCAGCAUACCAGAGUCGAUUGGCAGCACCAUCCACCUCGAAGUCUUCUCCGUGUGGAAGAACAACCUGUCAGGCAGCAUUCCCGAGUCCAUAGGCAGCCUCACCAGGCUCAGCAGCCUGGACUUGUCAGACAACCAGCUCGAGGGAACCAUCCCCGAGGGCAUUGGCAACAUGAAGGAUAUUCGGAAAUUGGAUCUCUCCAACAACCACUUGACCGGCACCCUCCCCACCACCCUCUCUCGCCUCUCUGGCUUGUUUCAGCUGUUCCUCAGCCACAACAACCUGAGUGGCUCAUUUCCUCUGUGGAUUACAGAGAUGUCCAGCAUUGGAUGGCUAUACCUCAGUGACAACAAUUUCUCAGGCCCGGUACCUGCUGCUCUUGGCGGCUCCAAAGGCCUCAUCUUUCUUGAAAUAUCAGGUUCGGGUCUCACUUGCCCUCCAAAUGCUUCCAGCUGUGUGGUUCAGCAAAGGAACUACAGUGCUUUCUGUCAAGACUGCCAUGGCUUCUGUGCCACGUGCACAAGUGAUGAAUCAGCCCCACCCCCAUCACCAAGCGUGGCCUCCCCUCCACCAUCCCCAUCCCCAUCACCCAAUCAACCCGUCAAUCCCUCCUCCUCCUCCUUGCCCUCCUCCACCUCAUCCGCUCCCUCCUCCCAAUCCGGCCUGUCUGUGGGAGCUGUCAUUGGGAUUGUGAUAGCAGCCCUUCUGCUCUUGCUUCUCCUGCUCGCCUCAGCUUGGUGGCUUGCCACCCGCUUCAAGAUUUCCACAAGAGACUCCCCCAGCCCACAGUUAGGGAACACAACAACACCAUGUCGGCGGUACUCGCUGGCGCUGGUGGCCCGUGCAACCAACAACUGGUCCAAGGAGUGCCUGCUGGGGUCGGGGUCAUAUGGAGACGUGUACCGUGGGGUGUGCCCCGAGGAUGGCUCCACGCUGUGGGCCGUGAAGCGCGCCAAAGUCAUCACCGCUGACUUCCACAGAGAGGUGGCGCAGAUGGCAACGAAGCACCAUCCAAAUCUGGUGCGGCUGCUGGGGUAUGCAGUGGGAGGCCAUGUGAACACGCGGGUGGAGAACAUUCUCGUCUACGAGUUCAUCGCCAACGGCGACCUGCGCCACUGGAUUGGCCCAGAUGCGCCCACGAGUUUGACUCUGCAGCAGCGGAUGGGCAUCCUACUAGGGGUGGCACGUGGGUUGGAGUAUCUCCACAGCUUUGGCCUCGUGCACCGCGACAUCAAGCCAGCCAACAUCCUCCUUGACGCCCACAUGCAGGCGAAGGUGGCAGACUUUGGGCUUGUGCACGUGGGGGAGGGCACAGCAGCGGGCACGGCAACGGGCUUCACGCGAGUGCUGGGAACGGUGGGCUAUGUGGACCCUGCUUACUCGCUCACGCACAACGCCACCACCACUGCUGACGUUUACAGCUUUGGCGUGCUCAUUCUGGUGAUGCUAUCAGGAAGAGGAGCCACCAUCAGUGCGAUCAGCCCAGCCACUCAGUCAGACGCCUGUGCCAGCCACGAGCCAAUCUCCAUCUCCAAAUGGGCAACGGCUCUCAUGGCGGAAGGGAAGACAUCACCCCUCAGGGACCCGCGAAUGGAAGCACCUGAUGACAUCACCAUUCGCCUUGCCCACCUCGCUGUCACCUGCACUGCCAUGCCCACCGCCUCCCGCCCCUCCAUGUCCCGAGUGGCUCAAGACCUGGAGGCAAUACGAGAGGAGGUGGGAGGGAGGGAUGCGAGAGUGAGAGCUGCAGCGAGGAUUGACGAGAAGCUGUCGAGCCAGCAGUUGCGGAGGAGCAUGGAGGAGGAUCUAGCAUUGCUGAACGAGCAAGUCACGCAUGAGGGUGACGCAACAGCUGUCUCUGUACGGACAUGA